AUGAAAACAAAUGAUUUGACAAAUCUCGAACGGGUAAAUAUUUAUUUAUUCCGUAUUUAGAAGCAAUUUGGUCUGGUCAUGACCAAAUAUAUAAAGAUUAACAGAAUUUAAGAAAGUCUUUGUUCUUAAUAAUAAACAUGUCGAAAAGCCAUCAUCGAUUACAUAUCCUGCUGUACUGCUGCCGGCUUCGGUUUCCCAAAUACCCGGUUUACUACUUUCCGGUGUAUGUUUUUCUGAAGGCGCUCAGUCGAUUCGGCCGUGAUAUUAAACAGCGAUGUGCCAGCUUCCGAGUGGUGGCGAUUCCCAAUCUACUGUUUGAGCAAUACCAGCAGAAGCAAUUGGUCCAUUCGGAGCAUACGCUGUUCGUCUCCCGGACCGUUUUCAACCAGUAUGUGGUUGAAAGGGAGAUCAACUGGAUUAAUCUGAUGAUAAGGACAACAAGUUGCGACAAUAGCGUUCGAAAAACCGAUAAUGAUCGGUUGGUUUCGAUCAUACUGAACAAGCAAAAUGUGUCCAUCUUGUUUCAGGUAUUUCCACUGGAAGGUGUUCCACCGAAUGUGAUUUAUGUCAAAGAAAACCUAUUUCAUGGCCUAGUCGAGCGCUAUAAGCUCUCGGAAAAGGGUUUCUGUGGGAUGCUUCAGCGAUUGCAGGAGCAGCACCAUUUGCCACAGAUUGCGACCAAAGUUAAUGUUUUUCUGUACAACACGCCGUAUGAUUUAUCGUCCGAUAUGGUGGACGUCAUAUUGGGAAAGUUCUUUGAACGGCCUCAGCUGCUGUACCGGAAUCAUACCUAUCAGCUUCCGUUGAAUGAAAAAUUUUUGGGGAAUACCUUUUACACGAAAAACUUCGCCAUUUUUAGCCAUCUCCGGUCGUUGUAUUUCAAAUGUUUAAAUAUUGAAUCGGCUGAUAACAGCUUCGAGCUGUUUGGAAUUGUUUGCAAAAAUUUCACCAAUCUGCAUCAAACUACGACGUAUAAUAACUUCGUUCCUCCGCAACGACUUGACGAUCAAGCAUAUGUGCCUGUUUGCCCCUUUGGAUUACGAAAAUAUCAGCAGGAAUUGGACGCUUCGCUAACUGCUUACCUUAAGCAGAACAAUAACACACUGAUCGAGAAUGGAAUCUAUCCGAUAUUCAUGCUGCAGGGUGAGAGGGGCAUCGGCAAGUCGGUUGUCCUGCGAUCGGUCGCACAAGCGUUGGGGAUGCAAAUUUUCUACGGAGAUUGCAGCGACAUCAUGACAUCGAUUUCGUCCCAAACCGAGAGCAAGCUAAUUUCCGCCCUGAGCAAGUCAAAACUUUGCGAACCGCUGAUAAUCGCUCUGCAAAAUUUUGAAAUAUUCGGCAUCGACAACGAGGGCCACGAGGAUCUGCGUAUUUUGGCAACGUUUCAGGCCGAACUGCAGGCUCUUUUCAGCCGUGAAUACUCCAAUCCGGUGGUGGUGAUUGCUCUGGCAAACGAAAGGGAAUCCAGCAAACACAAGUUGACCAGUUUAUUUCUCGAUGUGAUUAAAUUCACUCCGCCUACCGUAACCGAACGGCUCCAGCUUCUGCGAUGGAUAGGGGCCAGGGAAUCGGCGAGGUUGCCUCCCGGAGAGUUGAUCAAAAUUGCCGAACAAACGCAAGGAUUCAUCUUGGGUGAUCUUAAAUUACUGUACUCCAAAGCGCUGCAGGUGUCAUCGCGGGAACCGAAACUGAAACUGGCUCAUUUCGAGAGAAGUCUAGAGGAGAUGCAACUUUCCUUCUCGGACAGUUUGGGCGCACCGAAGGUUCCCAAGGUUUUGUGGUCGGAAAUCGGCGGUUUGGCUAAGCUGAAAACCGAAAUUCAGAAUAGUAUAGGUCUUCCGCUGCGACACAAAAAGCUCAUGGGGAAGAACAUGAGGCGGUCGGGAAUUCUGCUGUAUGGCCCCCCGGGGACGGGCAAGACAUUGAUUGCCAAGGCGGUUGCAACGGAGUGCAAUCUGAGUUUUCUAUCGGUUCAGGGACCCGAGCUGUUGAACAUGUACGUAGGACAAAGCGAGCAGAAUGUGAGAGAGGUAUUUGCGAGGGCCCGCAGCGCAGCGCCUUGCGUGCUAUUUCUGGAUGAGUUGGACUCGUUGGCACCGAAUCGUGGUGUUUCUGGGGAUUCGGGCGGUGUAAUGGAUCGUGUGGUGUCUCAAAUGCUUAGCGAAAUGGACGGCAUCUCGAAGGGAGCUGAGCCCAAUCAAACUAUUUUUAUCCUGGCUGCAACCAAUCGGCCCGAUCUGAUCGAUCCAGCACUGCUUCGACCGGGACGGUUCGAUAAACUUCUGUAUGUGGGUCCCAGCGCAACGGUGGAGGAUAAGGAGAGCGUCCUGAGAGCAGUCACGAACAAGUUCCACUUGGCAAAGGGUUUAGUGUUGAAGAAGAUUGCCGAAGGACUCAAGCAAGAUAUGACGGGAGCGGAUAUGUAUUCGAUUUGUUCGAAUGCCUGGCUGAGUGCGGUGAGAAGGGCGAUUCGAAAUGCCAGCAAAGAGGACUGCAAUGAAGAUGGGUUAGCUCCUGAAAAUGUUAUAGUUAACGAAAGCGAUUUCAAGGCGGCUCUGAAGAAGUUCAUCCCUUCUAUUAGUCCAGCGGAUAUGCAGUACUUUAAUAGUUUGCGAAACAAUUUUAGUGUAUAGUGGAGAAUUGUUUAAAUAUAAAAACUUGUUACUGGUAUAUUGUUGUUAUAUGUGGAAAUAUAUAUUUUUAU